AUUGGACAGGACACUGUUCAUCAAACCCGUGUUUGUGCCAAACUUCAAACUAUCUACCAAUGUUAAACGGCUAACAGUUAGCAAAGAUAGGCCACCAUAUAAUCUUGAAGAAUGGAAAAAAAGCAAUUCCAUAUGGUCAGAAGUAAAAGGCCCUGACAUAAAAAUUGUGAAACAGUUUAUACAAAAAAGUAAUCUCUUAAUUUUUCAACAAUGUAAUUAACUGACAGAAUAUGGAAAAUCGCGGAUAGUGGUAUUUUAAUACAUACUGUGGAAAAUUCGUACAUACAAUAAGUGAAUUUUGCAACCAUUUAUUUUGUUAUUUAUUAUAUAUUUUGAUUUUACAACUUUAUCUGAUUGCAGGAUGGAAUUCCACUGAUCGUCUACAAGUACUAAAUAUGCCUGCUGUUACUAAUGCAUACUGUAAUAGUAGUUACUUUUUGGUGGAUAAGCGUCCGUUGUUUGAAGGGGCCUAUUCCAACUUUAUUUGUCUUCAAGACAAGGAUAAGGAUUCUUGUAAGGGUGAUAGUGGUGGACCCGUGGUAUGCAGUAAUAAACUUGUAGGCGCACUAUCAGUUGGUGCUUACCCCUGCAAUGGAAAAUUACCAAGUGUGCAUACCAAAAUUUCUCCUUACUUAGACUGGAUUAAAGACAAAAUUAAUACAAAAAAUAACAAGAAUCAAAAGGACAAGAAAAAGAAUAAUAAUAAUAAGGGAAAUUCAGAGGGAAAGAGGAAGGGAAAGUCAGAGGGAAAGAGAAAGGGAAAGAAAAACCAAAACAAAUAACAAUAAAGUUAAAUAAAGAAUAUAAGUAAUUCAUUAUGUUGCUGUUGACUUGUUUCAAGAAGUAAAUUA